UUUUAAGCAUUUUUAUAAAUAUUAUUUUUCUGCACCAAAUAUAAUGUCUUUAUUAGAUGACUAUAUUGAAUCUUCAGAAGCUGCUCACGGUGCUUCUAUACUUCAAUAUGGUGCAGAUGCUUUUACUUCAGCUGCAGGUUUCGAUGGACAAGAUAAUCUUCGAUUAGAGACAGGUUAUGUAUCUACAGGUUUUGGUCAAACAGAAGAACCAAUCUUUGGAUUAGACUAUGUUCAAUUCCAAAUGCCUGCAAAACUUGUUGAUAUGGCUGUAUCCAAUAAUAUUCUUAUUGUUGCACUUGAAUCAUUUCGUUUAUUAAAAAUUAAUCUAGAUAAUUCUUUAGAAGUUGAAGAAAUUGAGAUUGUACGUAAACCAAAUGAUGGCAAGAUAAAAAAAAUAUUUUUCGAUCCAACUGGUAGACAUUUGAUUAUCACAACGGAUCAUGGCGAAAACUAUUAUUUAUAUGAAAAAUGGAGAAAAACAAAAGUUUUAUCUAAAUUUAAAGGAAUUAUUAUUACUUCAAUUGCUUGGAAUAAGCAAGCAACAUUAACCGAUCCUUCAACACGAGAAAUUUUAAUUGGUACAAAAAAUGGUCUUAUUUAUGAGGCUUGCUUGGAACCAGCAGAUGAAUAUUUUAAAAGAGAGGAAAAAUAUUUCAAGCAAGUUUAUUCUAUACAUGAAUCUACCAUGCCUAUCACUGGUCUUUAUUUCGAACAGUUCCCCGUUAAUAAUCGUAAAUAUUUUGUAAUGGCCACCACUACAACACGUAUUUAUCAAUUUAUUGGGUUUAUUGGUCCAAACAGUUCAAGUAGCGGAUCACAUCUUUCUUCAGCAGGCAAUGAUACUGUAGAAGAAAGAGGUGAAAAGGCUAUGUUUGAAAAUCUGUUUUCCAAAUAUGAUGUAAACCCAGGCUAUCAAGAGUUGCCUGGUGAACUACCGCAUAGUGAGUUACAUUUCUUUAGUCGAUUUCAUGAACUACAGCAACAAGGUAUUGCAGAGUUAUUUGCUUGGUUAACUGGACCUGGUAUUUAUCAUGGCUCACUUGUUUAUGGAUCACAGAAUGUAGGUGAUAGCGUCGUUGAUAAUGUUCAGUUAUUACAAUAUCCAGCUACUCCUGAGGAGGAUGAUGAUUCAGGAAAGCUUAUAACUGAAAUGCCUAUCUCUGUAGCAUUAACAGAGUUCCAUUUCAUACUACUUUAUAAAGAUCGUGUUAGAGCUAUCUGUCAAUUGAAUGACCAAAUUGUCUAUGAGGAAAUGAUACCCUUUGGACAAGACGAGAGAGUGGUUGGAAUGACAGUAGAUGAUAUUAAAAAAACAUUUUGGAUUUAUACAACACUCUCUAUUUAUGAAUUAAUCAUCAGUAAUGAGGAACGUGAUGUUUGGAAGCUUUAUUUAGAGAAGAAAAGAUAUAAUUCAGCGCUACAUUAUUGUAAAGACCCUGCUCAAAGGGACAAAGUAUUUACAGCCCAAGCAAAAGAUUACUUUAGUCAAAGACGUUACAAAAUGAGUGCAGAAAUUUUUGCUGACAGUACAGUACCCUUUGAGGAAGUCACGUUAAUGUUUGUGGAGAAAGAAGAAGUAGAUGCUUUACGUGUUUAUUUAUCAAACAAAUUAAGCAAAUUAAGAAAGAAUGAUCAAACACAAAAAACGAUGCUAGCCACAUGGCUUGUCGAAUUAUAUCUUUCAAAAUUAAAUGAGCUGGAAGACUUGGCGUCAUCUGCUCAUUGCUCACCGAUACCAAAUGAAGCAACUAACUUAACACCAAAUACAGAGGCUUAUUUUCUUGAACAACUAGACGAAGUUCGUGAUGAAUUUAAAACUUUUCUUGAAACUUAUAGUGGGCAUCUUCACCGCCCAACGACUUAUCAUUUAAUAACUAGUCAUGGUCGUAGCGAAGAGUUCUUAUACUUUGCCUCUUUGAUUGGUGAUUAUGAAAAAGUGAUCAGUUAUUGGAUCACCGAAAAGAACUGGACAAAGGCUUUAGCAGUUUUAAGUAAAGAGGCUGAUCCUGAAGUUUUUUAUAAAUUUUCACCAGUUUUAAUGGAAAAUGAACCUUAUGAAACAGUUAAUGUUUGGAUGAGACAGAGUAAUUUAAAUCCAAGGCAACUUAUUCCUGCUCUUUUAAGAUAUGACCAUAAGAAAGUAAUUGAUAAGGUGAAUCAGAAUCAAGCUAUACGUUAUUUGUCACACGUUGUGACGAAUCUUAAUAACACUGAUCACGCUAUUCAUAACUUUUUAUUAACGCUUUAUGCUACUCAAAAAACAACAGACGAGACAGCUUUAUUAACAUUUUUAAAAAAUGAAGGUCAGGAAAUGCAUUAUAAUCUUGAUUAUGCUUUGAGACUAUGUGCUCAAAACGGUAGAACUCAAAGUUGUGUACAUAUUUAUAGUCAAAUGGGAUUGUAUGAAGAUGCUGUUAAUUUAGCACUUCAGAAUCAUGAUGUUGAUCUAGCACGCAUUAAUGCAGACAAGCCAGAAGAUGAUGAUGCACUCCGAAAGAAGCUUUGGUUAACUAUUGCAAAAUACAUUGUUCAAAAAAAUAAGGAUAUUAAAUCUGCACUUGAAUUUUUGAAACAAAGUAACUUGCUGAAGAUAGAAGAUAUACUUCCAUUCUUUCCAGAUUUUGUUGUAAUUAAUGACUUCAAGGAGGAGAUUUGUGAUGCUUUAGAGAAAUAUAAUACUACAAUUGAUGAUAUUAAGGGAGAAAUGGAUGAGGCGACUAAAAGUAGUGAUAGCAUUCGAUUGGAUAUUCGAAACUUAAAGAGCAGGUAAAAUUACGUUCGUUCGAAAGUUUAUAUUAUUUCUAUGUAUUCAACUUUUAUUUUAAGGUUUGCUAUCGUAAAUGCUGCUGAUAGAUGCUAUUGCUGUCAUUAUCCACUUUAUAGUCGUGCUUUUUACAUAUUUCCUUGUCAACAUGGUUUUCAUAGUGAUUGUCUUAUGGAUAAGAUGUUUAAAGUGCUGCCUACU